AUGAAGGAGGUUGUAGUUGAUGUCGCUCCUAAGUGCAUCAAAGGCAUUGAAUUCGGAGCUCUAUCUGCUAAAGAUAUCGUUGCACAGUCCGAAGUCGAGGUUCACACUCGAGAUUUAUAUGAUUUAGAAAAAGGUAGAAUACCGAAGGAAGGGGGGGCUUUGGAUACCAAGAUGGGUAUUUCUUCUAAUGCUAACGAGUGUUCUACAUGUCAUGGGAACUUGGCGUCGUGCCAUGGGCAUUUUGGACACAUUAAAUUAGCAUUGCCGGUGUUUCAUGUUGGGUACUUCAAGGCCACAAUUCAAGUGUUACAAUGUAUCUGUAAGAACUGUUCGGCUGUUUUAUUAGACGAGCAGACUAAGAGGAGCUUUUUGAACGACUUGAGAAGACCACAUAUCGAUAAUUUGAGAAGAAUGAAAAUAUUGAAGAAGCUAUUAGAGCAGUGUAAGAAACAAAGAAGAUGUUUUAACUGUAAUCAUGUGAAUGGUGUGGUUAAGAAAGCUGCUAGUGGAGCAGGUCCAGCCGCCUUGAAGAUCGUACAUGAUACGUUUAGAUGGAUAGGUAAGAAAGCGACUCCUGAAAAAGAACUUUGGGACAAGGAAUUUGAUGAAGUUUUCCUGAGAAAUCCUGAAUUGGAAAAAUUUGUUAAAAGAAUCCAUGAUGAUUUAAACCCCUUAAAAGUAUUGAACUUAUUUAAACAGAUAUCACCAUCCGAUUGUGAGUUACUUGGUAUUGAUUCUGCAAGAGGAGGUAGACCGGAAAUGUACAUCUGGAGAUAUUUGCCAGCACCACCCGUAUGUAUUAGACCUUCGGUAAUGAUGGAUGCCCAGUCGAAUGAAGAUGAUUUAACAAUCAAGUUGACGGAAAUAGUUUGGACUUCUUCAUUAAUUAAAGCUGGUAUUGAGAAAGGUAUUUCAAUCAACAAUUUAAUGGAGCAAUGGGAUUAUUUACAAUUGUCAGUAGCUAUGUAUAUUAAUUCUGAUUCGGCCAACCCUGCAUUAUUACCUUCUUCAGGAGGUGGUUCAAAAUCAUCCAAGCCAAUUAGAGGGUUCUGUCAAAGAUUGAAAGGUAAGCAAGGUCGUUUCAGAGGUAAUUUAUCAGGUAAGAGAGUUGAUUUCUCCGGUAGAACAGUUAUUUCACCGGAUCCAAAUUUAAAGAUUGAUGAGGUGGCUGUCCCUGAUAGAGUGGCAAAGGUUUUGACAUACCCUGAGAAGUGUACUCGUUAUAAUCGUAAGAAAUUGCAAAAAUUAAUUUUGAAUGGGCCAAAUGUUCAUCCUGGUGCUAAUUAUGUUUUAAAGCAGAACGAACUAGCAAAGAGAAACUUGAGAUUUGGUGAUCGUGUCAAAUUAGCGAAAAACUUGCAUAUAGGUGAUGUUGUGGAAAGACAUAUCGAAGAUGGUGAUAUUGUCUUAUUCAAUAGACAACCUUCUUUACAUAGAUUGUCCAUUUUGUCGCAUUACGCAAAAAUCAGACCAUGGAGAACAUUCCGUCUUAAUGAAUGUGUAUGUACUCCAUAUAACGCUGAUUUCGAUGGUGAUGAAAUGAAUAUUCACGUUCCUCAAACUGAAGAGGCCAGAGCUGAAGCAAUUAAUUUGAUGGGUGUUAAAAAUAAUUUAUUGACUCCAAAAUCUGGAGAACCUAUCAUUGCCGCAACACAAGAUUUUAUUACAGGUUCCUAUUUGGUCUCUCACAAAGAUUCCUUUUUUGAUAGAGCUUCCUUAGUUCAACUUUUAUGUAUGAUGUCUGAUGCAGAUAUUCAAUUUGACAUUCCACCGCCCGCUAUCUUCAAACCAGUCAUGUUAUGGACCGGUAAGCAAGUUUUUUCCUUGUUAAUUAAGCCUAAUAAGAAGUCUAAUGUUGUUAUUAACUUGGAUGCAAAGAACAAAACCUAUACACCCCCUGCUAAAGGUUUCCCUAACGAAAUGUCACCAAAUGAUGGUUUUGUUAUUAUAAGAGGCUCGCAAAUCUUGAGUGGUGUGAUGGAUAAGUCAACUUUAGGUGAUGGUAAAAAGCAUUCUGUGUUCUAUACCAUAUUGAGAGAUUAUGGGCCAGAUGAAGCUGCUAAUGCAAUGAAUCGUAUGGCUAAGCUUUGUGCCAGGUAUUUAGGUAACAGAGGGUUUUCAAUUGGUAUUAAUGAUGUCAUUCCAGGUGCUGAUUUAAAGCAAAAGAAGGAAUUAAUGGUUGAACAAGCGUAUCUUAAGUGUGACGAAUUAAUUGACUUGUAUAACAGAGGAAAAUUAGAGACUCAACCCGGGUGUAAUGAAGAACAAACUUUGGAGGCAAAGAUUGGUGGUUUAUUGUCUAAGGUUAGAGAAGAAGUCGGGGAAAUUUGUAUCAAUGAAUUGGACUCUGCUAAUGCCCCAUUAAUUAUGGCAACUUGUGGUUCUAAAGGUUCGACAUUAAAUGUGUCUCAAAUGGUGGCUGUUGUGGGUCAGCAAAUUAUUUCUGGUAACCGUGUUCCUGAUGGAUUUCAGGAUAGAUCUUUACCUCAUUUCACUAAGAAUUCUAAAACACCUCAAUCUAAGGGUUUCGUCAGAAAUUCUUUCUUCAGUGGUUUGACUCCUCCUGAAUUUUUAUUCCACUCUAUUUCUGGUAGAGAAGGUUUAGUUGAUACAGCCGUUAAGACUGCAGAAACUGGUUAUAUGUCAAGAAGGUUGAUGAAAUCUUUGGAUGAUUUAUCGGCACAAUAUGAUAAUACAGUUCGUAAUUCUUCAAAUGGUAUUGUUCAAUUUACUUAUGGUGGUGAUGGUUUAGAUCCUUUUGAUAUGGAAGGUGAUGCUAGGCCGGUCAAUUUUGUUCGUCAAUGGGACCAUGCAUAUAACAUUACUUUUAGCGUUGGAGAUAAAGGUUUACUACCAUAUCAAAUUAUUGAAUUGGUUGAUUCUAUAUUGCAUCCAUUAGAAGAUAGAUUGAUCAGGUAUGAUAAUGUUGGUAAAGUAAUCCCAUUAGAAGAUACUGAUAAAAUUGAAUAUAUAGAUCAAAAUGAUGCUGAAAGAGAAUUUUAUAAGUCUAUCAGAGAAUUUACAACUAAUAAGGCUACUAAAUUGGCUGAGAUUAGAGAAAAGAAGAUGUUAAGGCCAUUUUUGACUAAACCUGCAGAUGAUUUCAUUAUGAUAGAUGAGAGUAAUGAAAGUUUGAUUGCUGUUAAUCAAUUAUUGAAAGUUUCAGCAAAUUCCAUCAACAAAUUUUUGGAGCAAUGUAUUUACAAAUACUCAAGGGCUAAGGUUGAACCUGGUACUGCUGUUGGUGCUAUUGGUGCGCAAUCCAUUGGUGAGCCUGGUACUCAAAUGACGUUAAAGACUUUCCACUUUGCCGGUGUUGCAUCGAUGAAUGUUACUUUAGGUGUGCCUCGUAUUAAAGAAAUUAUAAAUGCAUCGAAAAUUAUUUCGACUCCAAUUAUCAAUUCAGUAUUAGUCAAUGAUGAUGAUGAAAUAGCAGCCCGUGUUGUGAAAGGUAGAAUCGAAAAGACUUUAUUAGAAGACGUUGCUUUUUUCAUUGAAGAUGUUUAUAAGAAUAAUAUGGCUUACUUAUCUAUUAAGAUAGAUUUGAAUACCAUAGAAAAAUUACAGUUGGAAUUAAAUAUUGAAAGUAUUGCUCAUUCGAUUGCAAAUGCACCAAAGCUAAAGAUUUUGGCUGGUGACGUCUCAGUUACUGGUAGAGACAGAAUUAACGUUUUGGUGACAUUGAGAGAACCUAAAUCAAUCAAUUUAAUGAAGAAUGCCGCAGCUGAUUAUAAGUCAACUGAUUCAUCGAACGCAAAUUCAUUAUUUUUCAGAAUGCAACAUUUGAAGAGAACUUUACCUAGAAUUUGUAUUAAGGGUUUACCAGAUAUUUCCCGUGCAGUCAUUAAUAUUAGGGAUGAUGGUAAGAAAGAAUUGUUAGUUGAAGGUUACGGUUUGAAGGAUGUUAUGAGUACCGAUGGUGUGGUAGGUACCAAAACGUCGACGAACCAUAUUCUUGAGGUAUUCCAAGUGUUGGGUAUCGAAGCUGCCAGAGCUUCUAUUAUUGGAGAAAUUGAUUAUACUAUGAGUAAGCAUGGUAUGAGUGUUGAUCCUCGUCAUAUUCAAUUAUUAGGUGACGUCAUGACAUACAAGGGUGAAGUAUUGGGUAUUACAAGAUUCGGUUUGAGUAAAAUGAGAGAUUCCGUAUUACAAUUGGCAUCUUUCGAAAAGACUACUGAUCACUUGUUCGAUGCGUCAUUCUAUAUGAAGAACGAUAAGAUUGAGGGAGUUUCAGAGUGUAUUAUUCUUGGACAAACCAUGAAUAUUGGUACUGGUGCGUUUAAGUUGGUAAACUCCUUUAACGUAGAUAAGAAAGCUUUGGAAAUGAAACCUACCUUGUUCGAAGGUAUGUGUGAAGUUUCGGCUACUGCAUAA